UUGCGUGCGUCGGGCGAUUUUUCUAGACUUGCGUCAUUUUCUACGUAAGCUGUUACGCGAGCCGCGCAGCCUGCAAGGCUGUGAUUGGUCUGCUGGUCUGGUUACUACUUCCUGUCUGGAGUAUCACAUUUCCUGUUUUCAUACCGCCAUUUUUAAAAGCCAGAAGGCAAGGACGAUUUUCCAUUUCCGACAUCAAGAUGAAUCGACAGCAAGAGCUCUUGAGCGAGGCAGUGCGUCAAUACGAGCACUUGUACAACCCAUCGCUGGAUGGCUACAAAGACACACAGAUGUGCUCGAAUUCGUGGGAUGAGAUAGCAUCCAACAUGGGCAUGCCGGUCGGAGUGUGUGUCAACAAGUGGAAAAGCAUACGGGACAAAUAUGUCCGAGAGAAGAAGGCGAUGCAAAGCAGAAGUGGCGAUGCUGGGGGAAAGGGGGUUUCUCCCUGGUUUAUAUCGCUGUCGUGGUUGGGGGUGCACAUAAAACACCGGGCGACCUGCUCAAACUACGACAAGCCCUCAACUGCCAGCAAUGCGUCAUCGCCAUCCACCUCGUCACCUGCAAACUUCCAGCCAUCCAUCUCAUCACAGGCAGCCUCCCUCCAGCCAUCCAUCUCAUCACAGGCAGCCUCCCUCCAGCCAUCCAUCUCAUCACAGGCAGCCUCCCUCCAGCCAUCCAUCUCAUCACAGGCAGCCUCCCUCCAGCCAUCCAUCUCAUCACAGGCAGCCUCCCUCCAGCCAUCCAUCUCAUCACAGGCAGCCUCCCUCCAGCCAUCCAUCUCAUCACAGGCAGCCUCCCUCCAGCCAUCCAUCUCAUCACAGGCAGCCUCCCUCCAGCCAUCCACCUCGUCCUCAUCGGAAGCCUCCCUUGAGCCAUCCUCGCCAGAGGCCUUCUUUGAGGCAACAGCUCUUCCCCGGCCCAAUUUGCCAGCAUUCAGCCCAUCCACCCCUUCAGCCUCCAUGAUGUCACCAUCUCCUCCUUCCCACACAGGAAGGAAGAGGAAAAGAAGGGGGCAGCUGGAUGACUUCAUGAGUGAAAGGGUGGCAGAUUUGGAGGAGCGGAGGCAGACUGUGCUGUCACUUGAGAGCAUGGUUGCCCCUGAUGAGUAUGCAAGAUUUGGCCAGGUUGUGGGGGACCUGGCGAGGACUGCAUUACAGGAGAGUAGGCACCCUUUAAUGAUGAGGAUUUUGCAAUGUUUGAUUUCGGCACAGGGCGUUGAAAACUUAAGAGAAUGCCCCUAAGCACUAUGUAAAUAUUUUUUUUAUUCAUAAUUGGUUUGUGUUUUGUUCUGCACUCUUUUUUUGUUCUCUUCUAUUGUUUGGAUUUUGCAUGUCUAUUUUAUUAUUUAUAGUUAUUGUGAAUUUUGUACAGCACUGUUCUUAUACUUUUGUUCUCUUGUUUGGAUUUUGCUCAUUGUAUUUUUAUUAUUCAUAAUUUGUACUAACUGUUCUUCUUCGUCUCACACCCACAGCAGCUCUAAAGCCGUUAUACAUUCUUUGCCUUUGCCGUACCUUGUUUGUAUGGAAAGCAAAGACAUGUUACAGCAAACAGCCUUUUGAAAGAGGAUUUAUUAACACUUCUAGGUAAGGUCAUCUGGGGGCGAAGUGUGCCACGUGACAGUCUUUGACUCUAAUGGCAGGAGACGUGGUUCAGUUUUAACAAUAUAUAUUUUAUUUAAUUAAUCCAAUGGAAUAAGCACACAAUAAACUAUUAAAGCGGAGGCUGAUGUGAAUGGGGUGACUAGUGUCGGAGAUUAAUCGAGAUUUAAAACACUUAAACUAAUUUAAGAGAGAGUGUAAAAGAAUUCGAGGGGUCCGGAACAAGAAUUGAAAAAGACUUUAUCGUGAAGAAAAACAACAACGACAACAGCCUGAGUGGGUCUGCAGAGUCACUCUCGAACAUAGACUCCGGCUCCUCUUUAUGCACAUACCCACAUACAAUAAUUUCUUUGUUACAAUGGAGGUUCCCUUUGUUCCAAUGGGGUUUCCGUCCAGUCAAUUUGUCUCAGCAUGUUAUCAACCACGCCCUGGUCUGAGGUCAGCAUGGAUUGACCUCGUUAGCCAAGAUGACCCAAGGCUGACAGGCUGAGGUCAACAUGACUUGACCCCGCAGUUCCUAGGACAUUUCUGUUUACCACCAUCUGCUCUGAACCCAGACUCUGCAAGCAUCUUGUGGUUUCCACCAUUAAAAAUAUUAAGCCUAUUAAUAAUCAUGGUUUACCAUAGAAUAUACUCACUAAUUUCUACCAUAUUAAGCCUAUUAAUAA